CAGACAGAUUCCCCCAGCGAGUUGUUCAAAACAAUACGUGUGUACCGAUAUGUGGCCCUAAAGAAAUUCCGUAUUUAGGGGCGUAUGUGUAGUGAAAAUAGUUUAGAAAACUUACAAACAUGGGUACCACAGGCCAAUCUAUCACGCUGGCCAACAGUAUUAUCGGAGUCGGAAUAUUGGCUAUGCCUUUUUGCUUUCAACAAUGUGGUGUAUUGCUAGCUACUCUCAUAUUACUGUUUAUGGGUCUGGUCUCAAGAUUAUGUUGCCACUUCCUUUUGAAAUCAGCUCUCCUCGCAAGAAGAAGAAAUUUUGAAUUUUUGGCUUUCCAUGUAUUCGGGCAGGCAGGAAAAAUAGCUGUAGAAGUUGGCAUCAUUGGAUUUCUGAUGGGAACAUGUAUAGCUUACUUUGUUGUGGUCGGAGAUCUGGGACCACAAAUUAUUGCUAAGAUGUUCAACAUUAACCAGAGUGAUAUACUGAGAACAUCAAUAAUGGUGAUAGUAUCGAUCGUAUGCGUGCUACCACUGGGCUUGCUGCGAAACGUGGACAGUCUGAGCAACGUGAGCGCGGCCACCAUUGCCUUCUACUUCUGUCUAGUUAUGAAAGUAAUAUUCGAAGCGGCCGGCGUGAUGCUGACGAGCGACUGGAACCAGCGCGUCGAGAUGUGGCGUCCGGCCGGCUUGUUGCAGUGUGUGCCUAUAUUCUCUAUGGCAUUGUUCUGUCAAACACAACUGUUCGAGAUAUUCGAGUCCCUCCCAACACUUUCACUGGAGAAGAUGAACAUAGUGACGAAGAAUGCUAUCAACAUCUGUACCGCGGUCUAUUUCACUCUCGGCAUGUUUGGAUACGUUGCCUUCGCUUCUCGUGAUAUAUCAGGCAAUAUCCUAAUGAGCUUGAGCCCUACAAUGGCAAGUGAUGUUAUCAAGCUUGGUUUCGUGAUGUCGCUCGCGUUCAGUUUCCCGCUCAUCAUAUUCCCUUGCAGAGCGAGUUUGUACUCGUUCUUGUAUAAAAAGGUCCACUCAUCCCACCACGAUCACAUAAUCAACCACUCGAUCCCCGAAACCACAUUCCGCUGUAUAACAGUGGGUAUAGUGGGAGUGGCUCUGUUCAUCAGCCUGUUGAUCCCCAACAUAGAGCUGGUGCUGGGCCUGGUGGGCUCCACUAUAGGAGUGCUGAUCUGCGUCGUGUUCCCGGCCGCUUGCUUCCUCAAUGUCACCUUUAAGAAUACCAAUGAACGGGUGCUGGCUAAGGGUGUACUAGUCCUCGGGCUAGUAAUAAUGGUGCUCGGAACAUACGCCAACUUGCAGGCGGCGGAGAGCAGCAUCGAGAAGUAUGAUGAUAAAUACACGCAAGAACGUAUUGACAAGAUCGUUGAGGACUUCUUUGAGAAUAGAGAUAAAGACGAUGUUUAUUUGAAACCACCGCCAGAGAACAACCUACCAAAAGAACCUAUCAAUACAAUAGAAAUAAAGAAAGAUAUUCGUAAAGAUUCAGAGGUCCAACCACCAAAUCCCGUGCCACCAGAAUCACAAUCCAACGAGAAAUUGCCACAGACAAAGAAAAUAAUAAAAAAAGAAGAAAAAAUAAUACCAAAACCUGAAAUUAAAGAAGCUAUAGACAAAGUAUCAGAAACUCACCCAAGAAAUCUCAAAAAUAAGUUAGAAUCUAAAUUAGCAAACGGUAUAAGCAAUAGCGAAGCUCAGAAAACAAAUGAAGUCAAGCCACAGUCGAACGAAGAUAAAAUCGACAUGAUCAAACAACAGAAACUUAUUGAAACUAUCAAACAACAUGGUGAAGAACAAAAAGAGUUAAUAAAAGAACAGAAAGAAAUUCUAGAUGAGAUAUUAAAAACUAAGAAAGAACUUCAACAAAAUAAGAAUGAAGCUGAAGGAGCUAUUGAAGCUAAGAAAAUUGCUGUGGAAAGUAUCAAACAGAUUGCUGAUAUGGCAAUAAAAAGUAUAGGUGGGGUGUCGGAGAAACCUGACGUUAAAGAUGAAGUAAAGGCAGAAAGGUUGGAGAAAUUAACUAAUGAUGCUGUGCAAGAAAUAGCUAAGAAGGCUGUGGAAACUAUAGAGGCUAUUCAGGAAAUUAAAGAAAAGCCUGAGCAACCGAUCGCUCCCCAAAAUAAUCUGCCGAAUGCUCAAGGAAACGUCCAAGUCCCGAACAUUCCCGUACAAAAUGUUCAAGCUCAGAAUGUGCAGCCAGCAGUACCAGUCAACCCUCAAGUGAUACAAGGUGCUAACAUGCCUGUAAAACCAAAAGAUCAAGCUCCCAAUAAUAUAGCUGCAAAUGUAAUUCCACAAGUAAACGGCGCAGUUGUCAAUCAAAAUGGCGCUGCAGUUCAAAAUAAUGUUAAUAAUGUCAACCAGCAACUAAAACGAGAAGUAAAGCCUGCUAAUGAAAUAGGAAAAGAAAACGCACAAGUACCGAAUAUUCAACCAAAAGUUCCAGAAAAUAACGCACAAAAUUUACCUAAAGUAGACAAUGUAAAUAAAUCAGUUUUAAAUGCAGAAGUUGGUGUAGAAAAGGCACAUUCGCAUUCACGUGAUGAGCCACAAUCAUAUAAGCAAGGUGAAGAUACACAAGCCAAGGUUCCCGAGAAUAAAGUCGUUCAAAAUGUGCCUCCACCUAUAGUUAAUGAGCUUGCUAACAAUCAAAUGAAGAUCAACAGACAGCCUGCAAUACAACCUAAUAAAGACGAUAUUAAAGUUAAUGGGCAACCAAAAGUUCAAAAUCAUGGUGUUAAACCGAAUUUACAAGCGAACGUCCCUCCACCAAAUUCUAAUUUACAACAGAUUGUCAAUCAAGCACACGCUAGACAGAAAAGAGAGGUUGUCGAUUGUACCAAAAAGGUGACUUUAAAACCAGAGGACCAAGCGAUUUGUAGAAACUCAGUAGACGGGAAUAAAGAUUCUCAAGAAAUAUUGAAAAGCGUAGAUUUGAAUGAAGUAGCCUUACCCAAAAGUUUAUCUCUCGAUGUCAAUGCAUUACAUCACAUUAGCAGAGCAUUAAAAAGCUUCGAUAAAGACGAAAGAUAAAAUUUUCGUUCGCAUUUUGUUGGUUGUAUGUGUGCACUAUACUGAUGCAUUUAUUUGUUAAUACGUUUUUAAUCUACAGUAUUCUUGAUAGGAACUCUUUGUUCUGUUGAGAUAAUCACGUAAGGAUGUUUCGAACACUUUUCAAAAAUUAUUGAGAUUUUUUGCCAUAUUAGAUAAGAAUUGGAUACUUAAAAUUAUUGUAAUGUAAUGGUAAAAUUGUGUAAAAUGCUUAUACGAUUUUUAAAAAAAUAUUGGGAAAUUGCGAUUGAAGUAUAAAAUGCUUUCAAGUUUGCGGAAUAUCACUUUAUUUUGAAACUGUUUUAUUUUGAUGUGAUCUCCGAUGUAUUUAUUUAGGUCUUUAAGAAAAUAAAACGCUGAGAUUUCGAACUUAAUCCUUGUUCCUAAAACGCAUAAGUUAUAAUGUGAUGAAAAGUAAAAUACUUUGGACUGAUUGUGUAUUUAUAAAGGAAUAAAGAUAUUUUCAAGGAAA